AUGUAUGCCAUGACGUCGUCUACAGGGGGUAGAGUACGAAUUACAGCAAAGGGCUCUACCAUUUACGACUCGUACCCGCUUAGUCUCCGUACGUUUCUAGCCGAGGACCCGCCAUCUUUUGUACAUUCGGUGUCACAUCCAGUCGAAGACCCACUACAACAGACAAUGACUAUCGAUGAUGACGAUUGUUUUAGUAAUUUGCAGAAUACGUCAUCAUCUGUGACUUCGACAAUUGAUGUGAAUGACGGAGUGGUGCAGAAAUCAACUACUGCCUCUCGCUCAGCGCAACUUUGCAGUACAUUUGGUAAAUUUCACACUGAAAUUUUUGAAACAAAAGAGCGAUCGAAGGUUUUAAGCGCCUUACGUCAUCGUGGCAAUGCGGCAAAAACUGUAUCAAAUAUGAAACAACGAGUUCCCAUUCGUCCGAUUGCGCCAUCAACAUUUACAGCUGAUGACGUGCUUCGCGCUGGGACAUUAAUUAAACAAGGAAGUUGGCGUCGUAAUUGGAAAACGAGGUUUUUUAUCUUACGCAGUGAUUGUCCGAGUUUAUGCUAUUUCACAUCCGAGGAGAAAUUAGAAUUAUUAGGUGAAAUUCCGAUUACAGAAGAUACAAUUAUAUUGGAUCGUAGUGGUGGAGGUCAUGCUCCAUAUCGAUUUCAGAUUCGAUCGGAUGCACAUACACUCUUACUUGAAGCAGAAAGUCGAGAUAAUCAAAAACGAUGGAUUGAAUCAUGUCAAGAACUUGCUGAUGCGAUUCGAGCCUCGAAAUUCUCCGUUAAUACGAGUUUUUCCAAUACAUUUGAUAGUCGACAGUCAUCAAUUGGGAGAGGAACAACAACUACAACGACCACGACAGGUGCUGCUACAAUUCGCGCUACUUCCGAUGUGGAUGAAAAACGUCAAUUAUCGCAUGUUCAAGAUGAUGAUAAUAUUGAUUCUAGUCCAGGAGGAGAUGAAAUAGAGGGACGUAUGAGAACCAACAGCACGAUUAGAGUAGUGAGACAGGAACGAGGGAUAGAUCGAUUGUAUGAUUUGUCCAUUUCAGUGCUUAUAGGCCGAUGUAGCAGAUUGGCUCGCUCAGUGGAACAUUUAGACAAGGAGAAAGAUCGGACAAGCUGUUUUGUAGCCGUAAGUGGCUACAUUUGCAGUACUAAAACGAUUGUAGAACUUGGAGCAACCGACGCAGUCAAGUUGACGACAUUAGUCGCUGCAUGUGGAGCGGCUUCAGGUUCAACAGGAGAACAAACGCCUGUGCCCUUCUCUAUCGUUAUGACUGCAGAGCUGGAACGCUACGACCAAUUGCGAUUAACGUUGUGCAAGUCGCAAUUGACACAAGGUCCAGGGACUAGCCAAGGAACGUAUGGAGCGGGUUGCUGUCGACUUGAUGAUCAGUUACUAGGUUCAACUCCAUGUGCUAUCCAAGUCACAGAACGUAGCACGUUGUCUAGAGACUUGCUUGGAGCAAAUAAUGCAGUGCCACAGCAUAAAAAAACGAGCCUUGGAGAGUCUGGUAUAUCAGAGUUGGUGAAUAGUGAGUCGCAGCUGAGUCUUGCGGCAGACAGUGAUAGUGUGCAUUUAUUGGUGCAGGCAUUUCGCUCCGUCCCGCCGCAAAAUGUGCUUUCCACGACGGGCGUAGACAUGGCUAAUGCCAAGUAUUUGAUUCCGUCAACCUUAGCUCCUGGUCGGGAGACUGCUGGCAAGAUGGCGGCGGGGACGCGUCUCGACUUAUCUGGUGGUACUCGCGGCAGCGACAUGCGCACAUUCAUUGAGAACGACACUUUUCUUUCCGGUGAUGGGUUGUGUGCAAUGAAUGAAGCUCCUACGGGUAAUCUUCGGUUUGUAGCAGUGGACGAGAUUUUGCGUGUACCGCGCAGUACAUUUGCUUUGCCUGUGGCGUAUUUGGACUUUCUUGAGGAGCAAGCGUUAGAGCGCUCACGGUGGAUACAGAAGCGGUUGCAUAGUAUGGCUGCUCGUCCGCGUGACGUUGAGCGACUAAACGUGGAGCUUGACUUUUUGCGAAAGAAGCAGGAGGAGUAUCUUAAACAGCGCCAGUUCCUCAUUCAGCAGGAAAAGCGAUUAUUGGACGAGCAAAAAGAUGGUAAAUUCUUUUUGGCGGCUAAGCGCGCUGGCAUAAUCGUAGCAAACGAAAGAGAAUCUGCAGCAGCGGCCAACUCGUCUAUGGCAAAUGCAGCAUCGACGGGAGGUGGAGACAUUGAGCCGGCGGCACCAUUUAAGCGGAGCACGUACAAAAAUUUGAAUCUUUGGCAGUUUUUGCCUACCAACAUGCAGGACCAAUUUCUCUGCACGUAUAAACCACCUGCUACCACCAAACCAAGUCGCAAUGGUGCACGUCUUACGUCACGGCCAUUUGUAUGGCAUACGAUGACAAUGGGCUGUCCGGCUGCUCAUACCAAGGGUUUCGCUAAUGGCGGCUAUCCUGCUUCGAUUCCCAUCAUAACCGUUAAUUCACCUGGUACAGCUGAUGAUGAAGCCCUAGACAGUAGCUAUAAGGGCGAUAUUCAGAGCCCGACAUCUCCCAUAUCGUCAUCCAGAGGAGGAAACAGCAGCAGUGUGCUCGCCGCCCAAGCGUCAUCAAGUGAUGAUUCUUUGGCUGCGUUAAAGCUACGUCUUGAGCUACAGGACCGUCUGACGGUAAUUGGCAGCCAAAUUCUAUCUGCUACAGCAGCUUGCAUACUUGCCUCACUGGAUCUGGCGCUGAGCGGAAGCGCUCAGCAUCAAGCACAAAUCGACCGCGCCCCGACGUUUGGUUUUCUUAUGAACUUUGAGUCGCUGUUGAGCACACAAGGCAAAGAAUAUGGUAUGCUCGAAGACUUUGCUGCUGGAGCACGAUGGUUACGCAACGUAUAUAUUCAAUUUCGCCGGCACGUGGUUACAGGUACUUUCUUUUCCCUCAGAAAGUAUACCCCGCCGGGGUCUAACGCAAACGAUAACAACUGCUUGCUGCUGACCAUUGGUAUUGAUGACAACCAUAUGUCUUUGCUGCCACAGUGCCUUGUCUCGGGCGAUGAGGUUGUUCAUGUGCGUUGUGUGCUGUUCUCUCAGGGAGUUAAUGAGAAGCAAAGUCUUGUACAUGCUUACAAGUCUAGUGCCGUCAAGCUGCAAGAGUGCAUUAACCGGGACAACCUGCUGGAACUCAAGCGCAUUUAUUCGCUCUAUCGACAAUUGCGCACCGACGAAACGGCGAAUCGUGUACGCAAAAGUCGUCGAGUCCGAGCUCACAGUGGAAUGAUAUCUGCUGCCACCGAUGACGCCGAUGAAGCUGCGAUGGCUAUCGAUAGACACGAUCUUCAAGCUUUGGACGAUAUGCUGGUUCAAGUCGAACAUCACAUUUGUUCACCUGCAAGUCAGUACAAGAAAAACGUGGCGCUGUUGAUGGAUUCUUCAGACUUUUGUAGAGCUCUGGGCGGUGCGCGUGUUACAUGCUGCAAGAGUGGCAAGGACCGGACGGCAAUGUCGGUGACAUUAGAGCAGGCGAGAUUACUGUGCGCCGAGCUUCAGGCCUCGCAAGGUGCUGCACUUUGUGCUAACAUGCGGCUUUAUGGAGUGCGUCGUCGCAACGUCUUAAUGAAUACGAAGGCAGACAAGUUCGCGUUUAAUGAAAUGCAACGGAAAAUGCUGCCCGACUGCUACAAACCGCCGGUGGGCACAUACAAGUCUGGCAAGACAUAA